AUUCUUUCGCAUUCGAAAUUCACCAGCAACUUGAUUUAGCAUGGCGGAUAGUUUGCAAAGCCUUUUGGAAACGUUGCAACCGUCGUUGUUAGUCCUUCAAAAUCCAAAUUCAAUAGACCGAACAGCUAAGCGCCUUGCCAUUGGUAAUUUACGAGAAUGCGGAAUGGGAAAACUCAAGGAUCCUGAGACUGCUCGAGACUUCCUUCAAAAUACGCACACUAUAUUAUUGAACUGCAUAUGUCAGGACCGCGUCGAAAAAUGCCGAGAACAAUGUCUGGAGUUCACAUAUGACGCUUUUUCAUAUUCGUCUGAUACAAGCUUUGCUCUUGCAGCCACUCUAGAGUUGUGCAAAAAGAGAGUUCUUAUUGCUCCGAAAAUGAGAGAGCCUGAAGAAGAAUCAGAGGAAAUUCGGCUAGGAAUUGUGAGGCUAUUGAACCUUCUUUUAUCUAAAUGUUCAGCGCAAGCUAUAAAACCGGCUAUAGCGGAUGAUAUAGUACAAGUUGUUCAAGGUUGUAUCAAGGACAAGUUUCCCGAUGUACAAAAGGAAGCAUGCUGCGUGCUACUGACGAUAACGGAGAGAAAGUCAAGCUAUAUUGGAUACUUUGGUGACAAGAUCACGAAAGCAGUAACCCCCAUUUUACGACAUAAACAUGCUAUCCUUCGCACCUUGGGUAUCCAGUUUAUUCACUAUUCAAGGUCGUGGAACGUUUGGUGGUGACCAACUUCGUUGGUCUAAAACCGUUGGUGGAAGUGACCGAGGACCACGAUAAAUCCAUAAUGGAGACCUUAUCCUAUGACAAUUCUCCCGUCGUGAGAGAAGCAUUGGCGCGCUGCAAUACCACAUGGCUCACCACUUGUUCGCCAAUAGAUCGAUACAAGUUCGCGGAUGCACUUCUUCCGCUAUUACUGACAGCAGCUGUUGA